AUGGGCGAACUUCCUAAAGAAGACAUGUAUGCACAGUGGAACGACUGCAAGAUUCAAGCACAGAAUGACACAGACACAAAAGCAGUCAACAAAUUCUUGAAACUUCGCGAAUUCUUGAUGAAAUACUCAGACAACUCAUCAUUGAUCAUCUGCACUAUACCAAUUCCAAAAGUCAAUGUUACACCAGAAUUAUGGACUAGUUUGAUGGGCUUUGUUAGUGAUUCUAUGCCCCCAUUUAUUUGGUCACGCGGCAACAACGAAAACGUCAUUACAUUCAGUGCUUAA